AUGUUCCUGGGUGCACUGUUGGAGAAAAUAAACCCUUUUGCAAAGCAGUCGAUCAAGCUAACCAACGUGGACGAUGUGAGUAGGAACCAUAUUGUUAAAGAAAAAUUGCCCCUAUUGAAGGCAGAGUGCUCCCGUGCCGAGCGGGAGCAAGAGGAAUUCCUAGAGAAGCUUCGAGUGUGCUGCACUUUAUUCGACUUUAGGGAUGCAUCAUCGAAUCUGAUAGGCAAAGAUGCCAAGUUGAAAGCACUUAAUGAAGUACUGAAGUUCGUAGAUGAGGGGCAAGGAAUGCUAACGGAUUUAAUCUAUGUGGAAAUUGUUAAAAUGGUUGCAUGCAACAUCAUUCGCACCUUUCCGCCCAACACACUCUCGCCAUUCAAUCCGGAUGUGGAUGAGCAACUGUUGGACGCAACCUGGGUCCAUCUGGAGGUGGUCUACCAUGUCUUCCUCGGUAUCCUCGACUCCCGAGAGUUUAAGCCAAGCGUUGCCAAGGGCCCCAUUGAUCGAAAGUUUGUUUUGCAGCUGUUGAUGCUACUCAAUUCGGCCGAUCCACGGGAACGUGGCUUCCUCAAGUGGGUCAUUUUGCGCAUUUACAGUAAAAUCUAUGGCCUUCGUAGCUACAUACGAACCCAGAUUUAUAACAUAUUCUAUCAGUUUAUCUACAUUGUGGAAGACUUUAACGGCAUUGCUGAGUUGCUGUGGGUCCAAACCACCAUUUUCGAAAGCUGUUUUACCGCAGCCUCGAAGGCCGAACAUGAAGAGUGCUUGGAGAAGAUUCUGAUGCCGCUGCACAAGGUCAAGAGCCUGCCGACCUUUCACAACCAGCUGGAGCAGAGCCUCAUUCAGUAUCUGGUGAAGGAUAGCAAAUACAUCGAAAACAUUGUGCGUGGCCUCAUCAAGUUUUGGCCCAAGACUUCUACUCAGAAGGAGAUACUGUUUCUGGACGAAAUCGAUAGUUACGCCAACGGAAUUGCACCUGAGCAGUUCCUUGCCAUACAGAAGCCACUGUUAACCCAACUAGCCACGUGCGUGCGCAGUCCCCACACAGAGGUGGCUGAGCAUGCCCUCAAUAUUUUGAACAACAAACACAUGAUAUCGCUUUUUGAACCAAACACGGCUGUUGUUAUGCCGAUCAUCUGCCCGGCACUACUUAGCAUCUCGAAGGGGCACUGGAAUCAGACGGUUCUGAAGCGCGGCUAUGCUGCACUGCAGCUUUUAGUGGAGAUGAAUCCUGACUUGUUUAACGAACUGUUGAACGAUUGUUCCGGCGAAAAGGAGAGAGUCAAGCAGCGCCAGCGCGAGCGCGAGUUGGCUUGGAAGAAAGUCAAUGAGUUGGUCGCAAAGCGUCGUAAACUAGAUGCCGAAUAUCUACCAUCACCAAUGUCAUCGAGCGAAGGCAACAUCACCAACUCGGAAUAA